GGGUCGUUGAACAGCUCCCCGACAACGACACCUUCACCUCCCCUUCGAUUGCUCAUUCCCCGGACACUACUCUUGAGCUCUACGCGUAGACAUAUUUCUGAAUGCCAUGUCCGAAGGACGGACUAGACCGGAGGUGAAAGAGAUCAAGGAUGCAUACGACCACCUUUUCAAUACCUCCCCCAGUCUUUCGAAGAUCAAAGAUGCUGCCCUCGGCGGCCGUCUGUUCCAAGCCUCGGACGAUGCGCCGGGCGUCGCUGGGAGGAGUCUGGCCUGGAAACUGUUUCUUGUGCAAGCUGAGCCUUUGCAGACGAAGUCGGAUGUGAUAUCUGUGUCCCCGCUAGAGGCAUUGCGCGCUACACGACAUGAAUACACGACGCUGUUGCUAGAGAAGAUGCGGGCACCAGAUGGUAGUUACGAGGAUGGUCUCACUAUCCCUGGUACGAAUGAGCCGCCGUCGAGAAUCGCUCAGACACGCUUGGACUUGUCGAGGAACAACCCAUUGAGCCUGGACGACCAGAACCCAUGGACGGAAUGGUUUGCAUCUAUGGAGCUGCGGAAGGAGAUUCUGAAGGACGUUGAGCGCACGUUCCCUGACAUCGGUUACUUCCGUGACCCCGACGUGCAAGCUCAUUUGACAAACGUCCUCUUCAUCCAUUCGAGUAUGCAUCCUGACGUAGGCUAUCGUCAGGGCAUGCACGAGCUGCUUGCCCCGCUAUAUUACGCGGUGGAUUAUGACUCCAUUGACGAGAAGGACCCCACUCUGGACGACCCCAAUGUCAAGGAAUUUUGCUCGAGGGCAUGGAUUGUCGCAGACGCCUGGGCACUAUUCACUUCCGUGAUGAACGGCGUGGGCCGCUGGUACGAAUGGCAGGAGAAGAAGGCUGCAGACAAAUCACCGCUGUCAUCGCACGUUCAACUGAAUGCUGGUCCCAACGGAUCUACAAUAAAACCGUUCGUGGCACCGAUUGUAGAGGCAUGCAAUCGCGUACAAUCUACCUACCUGAAGUCGGUGGACCCGGAGCUCUGGAAGAGCAUGCAGAAUGCUGGUAUCGAACCACAGAUAUACGGAAUACGGUGGUUGCGCUUGCUGUUCACCCGCGAGUUUGAUAUGCACGACUCGAUGAUCCUUUGGGAUGGGCUGUUCGCUUGUGACCCGUCUUUUGACCUCGCAGAGUGGAUCUGUGUCGCGAUGCUCAUUCGCAUACGUAAUAAACUCAUCCCGUCUGAUUACAGCGGCCAACUGACGUUUUUGCUACGAUAUCCCUCAACACCCGGCGAUACCAUCUCGGAACCACCUACAGCACACCACGCUACUCUCCUGCUCCGCCAGGCUCUCACCCUGCAAAUGUCACCGAGUCCGACAGCAGGUGUCUCCAUCAUUCACGAGAAUCGGAACCUGCUCGAUAUACCUGUUGAGGUUCCCGAACCACCCCCGCCGCCGGCUCGGCGGCGCCCCAGGCCCGGUGAUCGUGGCCAGUCAUUUUCGUCUGGAAGUAACGCGGGGACGCAGCGCGGACCGGGACAGAGCAGCAGGGUCGGACACUCGCGCCAGCAAUCGAGUCCGAUGGCCCUUCCGGAGAUGUUGGCUCGUGGACUUUUGGAACGGGGCGAAAGCCUUGGUAUCAACAAGACUGUUAUGAAUGCGGUCUCAGAGCUGAAGCGCAAUCUCCCGGACCUCGCCAAUUCGAUCAGCAAGCUCCCGCUGUCUCCACAGUCCGCUUAUGCGGCGUAUCCUCUGCUUGAUGAGAGACCAGUGGCUGAGCGCCAUAGCUGGGAGUCCAGCUCACGCUUCGAGCUGGAGCGUGAACUCUCAGAGCUGCGCAAGGUCCAACGGCGAUUAGGAGACUCCGUCGAAUGGAUAGUCGACACUCUUCUGCAGGAUGAGGGCGAUGCUAAUAGCAAAGACACCAUUAUGAAGAGGAAACAAGAGGCACUGGAGUCGCUAGCAUAUGUCCGUGACGUCCUCAAGAGCAACACAACAGACAUACAGGAGGAGCGAUUGGUUGGUGAAGAGGAAAAGAAGCGUAGGGAGGCGAAGGAAGAGCAAGAGAAGGAGAGAGAAGCCGAGCGACGAAGGGAUAUCGAGCGAUCUACACCAAAGCCGCCUCAGCCUGCCGCUGCGCCGCCACCCCCCACUCGACCGCAAGGACUUGCAACAAGCAGAAGUUCCUCUGCUAUCAGCUCUUCGCAUCACGGCAUUGCUCGCUCCCCGCCCAAAUUCGGUACGAUUGCAUCCUCGAACCCGUCCAGCCUGCCAUCCCCACGCUUCCCGCCAACGUCUUCGAUGCCUCAGAAGCCCGUUGCACCGUGGAACUACACGCGCUCAGACUUCUCGAGCAACAGUUCUCCUAUUGCGUCUCUUCCCCGAAUUCCCCCGCCGACCUCGACGACGCAGUGGACGACGACCCCCACAACACCCGCAUUUCCGCCGCCGCCCGCACCGCCGUCGGAGGUGCCUCAGUCUACUCCGCGCGAUCAAGCUCCGCGCAGAGGGGUGCAGGACGAUCCCUUGGGGGCGCUGCGAUAGCAGAGAGACGAUGCCCUUGCAGUAAUUCAGUGUAGUGUAGUGUAGAACAUAUUCGAGUAGGACGAACGUUAACGAGGCUAGAGGAGGCUAAUUGCAACCGUAUGAUUGGCCGAAGCGGC